GAGAGAGAGAGAGAGAAAGCUGAGAAAAACAGAGGGAAAGUGAGAGAAAGAGCGAGAAAAUAUUCCCAAACCCAAUUUUCUUCUCUCUUCACUUCCCAUAACUCUUUCACGACCCAUCUUCAAAACCCUACUCUUCUUUUAUCAUCAAUCUUUAUUCUCUUUCUUUUGAGAAUUCAAUAACUUUUUUUUUUCUUUAAAUAGACAAACAGAAAGAAAAUAAAUAAAUAAACAAACAAACAAAAUUCAGAAUUUGUCGUAGUUUUCCAUUACAAUCCGGUUUCUUGCAACGUUUCUUGAAGUUGGUUUUGAUAAAUGUAUAUAGAAAUUGAAAUUUGAAACUGGGUUAGUUGAAAUUUUAACGGUCAGAUAAUUUCUUCUUCUGGUUUUUUUUGGGGGGAGUUUGAUAAUGGCGACAGAGCAAGUCAUUCCUUUCUCUGUAGCUUCUUUGGUUGAGGAUGUUCUUCAUCAGCAUGGAGCCCGUUCGAAACAACAGCUUGACUUGGCUUCCAGGAAGACAGAAGAAGCUUCCUUGAGAAGGUAUGAAGCAGCUGGGUGGCUCAGAAAGACAGCUGGAAUUGUAAAUGGUAAAGAUUUGCCGGCUGAGCCUUCUGAAGAAGAAUUCAGGCUUGCAUUGAGGAGUGGAAUUAUCCUGUGCCAUGUUAUUAACAAGGUUCAUCCCGGAGCUGUGCCAAAGGUAGUUGGAGGCCCUUGUGAUUCUGCAGUCAAUCCCGACGGGGCGGCUCUUUCGGCUUUUCAGUACUUUGAAAAUGUAAGAAACUUCCUUGUAGCUGUGGAAGAAUUGGGGCUCCCAACCUUUGAAAACUGUGAUCUGGAACAGGGAGGGAAAUCUGCAAGACUUGUGAACUGUGUCUUAGCACUCAAAUCAUAUAGUGAAUGGAAAGAAGGAGGUGGGAGUGGCUCAUGGAAAUUAGGUGGAAAUGUGAAACCAGUUACCUCUUGGAAACCCUUUCAGCGGAAAAAUGCAGAACCUACUGUGAAUUCCUUUUUGAGGACCUUGUCGGGUCAGCAGACUUCAAAUGCAGAUGUUGGCCAAGACCUCAAUGAAACAGGCUCCUCUCGUUCCUUAACUAUGCUAGUCCGCGAAGUUCUUUCAGACAAGAGGCAAGAAGAAAUUCCCCUCGUUAUCGAAUCAAUGCUUAGUAAAAUCAUGGAGGAGUUUGAGCGUCGUUUAGCAAGCCAAACUGAAAAGGUGAAAACAAUUCCAAAAGAUAUUCAACAGUCUGGCCCUGAUGAGUCUCUUUCAAAAACCGCUUCAGAUGAUAUAAUGACGGAAGCAGAAGAUGCCACUCAAAGUAAAAGGGAAGAAUGCCAGAAUGAAAUGUAUAAUCAUGAUGAAGGAUCAAAAAAACAGUUUUUUAAGCAGCUUAUGCUGAUUGAACAACAAAGGAAUGAUAUUCAGGAACUGAAACUUACUCUUCAUGGUACGAAAUCCGGAAUUCAGUUUUUACAAACGAAUUAUCAGGAGGAGUUCAACAAAUUAGGUAAGCACCUCCAUGGUCUGGCUCAUGCUGCUACUAGCUACCAGAGGGUUCUUGAAGAAAACCGUAAGCUAUACAAUCAAGUGCAGGACCUGAAAGGAAAUAUAAGAGUAUACUGUCGAGUUCGACCCUUCUUGGAUGGUCAAGCAAGCCGUUUUAGUACCAUCGAUCACAUAGAUGAGGGAAACAUUACAAUUCUCACCCCUUCCAAAUAUGGCAAAGAGGGAAGGAAGUUAUUUACUUUCAACAAAGUGUUUGGUCCUGCUGCUACCCAAGAGGGAGUAUUUUCAGAUACACAGCCUCUGAUUCGAUCUGUUCUUGAUGGUUACAAUGUAUGUAUAUUUGCUUACGGCCAAACAGGAUCAGGAAAAACUUUUACCAUGACUGGGCCCAGAGAGCUUACAGAGGAAAGUAAAGGUGUAAACUACAGGGCAUUAGGUGAUCUAUUUCUUCUUUCAGAACAGAGAAAAGAUACCAUUUCCUACGAAAUUUCGGUUCAGAUGCUUGAAAUUUACAACGAGACAGUCAAGGACCUCCUUGUGACAGACGGUGUUAACAAAAAAUUAGAAAUCCGAAACAGUUCUGUAAAUGGAAUUAAUGUACCAGAUGCAAAUCUUGUACCUGUUGCAUCAACAUCUGAUGUCAUAUAUUUGAUGAAUCUUGGUCAAAAAAACCGUGCAGUGAGUGCUACAGCUAUGAAUGAUCGGAGUAGUAGAUCUCAUAGCUGCUUGACAGUUCAUGUUCAAGGACGAGACCUAACAUCUGGAACUGUUCUUCGCGGUUGCAUGCAUUUGGUUGACCUGGCCGGAAGUGAAAGGGUUGACAAAUCUGAGGUGACAGGAGAUAGACUAAAGGAGGCUCAACAUAUCAACAAAUCUCUUUCAGCUCUAGGAGAUGUGAUUGCCUCUCUUUCUCAGAGGAAUGCACACGUUCCUUACAGAAACAGUAAACUCACACAACUCCUUCAAGACUCACUUGGGGGACAAGCAAAGACGCUCAUGUUUGUUCAUAUUAGCCCAGAGCCUGAAGCUCUGGGAGAAACAAUUAGUACACUGAAGUUUGCUGAACGAGUUUCAACUAUUGAGCUUGGUGCUGCAAAAGUUAACAAAGAUAGUGCAGAUGUGAAAGAGCUUAAAGAACAGAUUGCUAGUCUUAAGGCAGCUUUAGCAAGGAAGGAGGGAGACAGAGAUCAGCUUCAACAUUCUCGAUCCUGCAGCCCGGAUAGAGUUAGAAUGAAGUCUGAAGGGUCUUCACCUCUGCAUCCUAGUUGGAGAAGUACAGGAGAUUUGACCGCUGGUCAUAGGCAUCCAAUAGAGGACGUUAGAGAGGUUCGAAACAAGUCUGCAACAAAACUGAAAAGACGAAGUUUAGACCUCCAUGACAUGAUAAGGAGUACAAGUCCUUGGCCCCAUGUUGGCGAUCCAGAGCCGAAUGGAAAGGAAGAUGAUAAGGAUUCAGUUUCAAGUGACUGGGUUGAUAAGGUAAUGGUGAACAAGAUGGAAAGUCUAAGUAGAGAGGAUAGUCUGGUAGAUUGUUGGGAUGAAGACAACAACCACAUACCAGAAAUAUUUGGUCAGAGUUAUCUCCCAGACCCUCCAAAGAUAUACCCUGAACAGUUUGGCAAAGUCAUAGGGAACAAAAAGGAGAGCCAAGAUUAUGAUGCUCAGAAGAAUAAUAUUCGAUAUGAGAUGGCCACCACUGAUGAGUCUGAUGAACUUGAGGCUGCAACCAGUGAUUCAUCAGAGCCAGACAUGCUUUGGCAACUAAAUCCACCUAAAACUACCAUUACCAACAUUCCAAACGGCUUGGGACAAAAAACUAAGAAGACCACCUAUCCAAGGCCAUCUAGAAUCCUAGAAGCUAGGAGUUUAAUUCCAUCAUUAAUUCCAUCACCGGUAAGAAAAGCACCAAAUGGGGUUACUCAGCCUUCCAACAGACCAGUAAGGCAUGGAGUUAACCCAGACGGGAAGAGGAGAGCUGGGAAUGCAAAGUGAUAGUGCUCGUUAAUGGGGGUUUUUGAGGGAAAGUUGGUUUUUUUUAUAUUUUGUGUAUGUAUUUAUUUGUUUAGUUAGUGAGAGCGAGAAAGAGAGAAAGAGAGUAUUUUGUAUUGUAAAAUGGCAAUUGUUAUUCUAGUUGCCUGAGGUUUGCACCUUGCAAAUUUCAUUUGGUUUAUACGGGUGUGAAUUUUUAUUUUUUCUUUU